AUGUCACGACUGCAUUCGACGGUGGUGAUUACCGACAAGAUCCUAGCCACGUGCAGGCCCACCAAGAGGUUUGACUACCAUGACAAGGCCAGCAUCACCUCGCUCGACUUUGAUGACUCGGGCCAGUACUUAAUCUCGGCUGGUAUCGACAAAUCGGUCCAGCUAUACGAUGUGCACAAAGGAACCCAUUCCAAGGACAUCAAGUCGCAAAAGUACGGGGCACACUUGGCACGCUUCACUCACAAUGCCUUACAGUAUUUACACGCGUCCACUCCUACAGAAAAGGCGGAAGUGGACCACGCCAUCCGGUUUUCUGACCUUUCCAAUAACCAGUACUUGCGGUACUUCAAGGGGCAUAAGGGCCAAGUGACGUCGAUCGAAGUCAAUCCGUUAGAAAACACCUUUUUGAGUACGGGGUACGACCAUACGGUAAAGAUGUGGGAUCUCAAGUCUUCGGCCCCCAUCGGCAAUUUGGAUAUUGGUAUGGAAUCCGUAUUGGCCUAUGAUCCACAGGGCCUUGUUUUCGCUGUCGGAUGCUCUAGCAGCGGGCAAAUUUCGUUGUACAACACUGCGUACUUCGACAAGGGCCCAUUUUUGAGAGUGAACGUGCCGGUUACCACCUCGUGGAACAAGCUAGAAUUCUCCAACAAUGGUAAGCUCAUUUUGGUGUCGACAAAUGGGCCGCUGCACUUCAUAUUGGAUGCGUUUCUGGGCCAGAUAUUGACUACUCUUGACACCAAUAGUGACCCAAUACCAUAUGGCUACCCAAGCACUGGUUCGUGUACUUUCACACCAUGUGGAAAGUUCGUGUUAGCUGGUACUUCCAGUGGAAAAGUCAGCCUCUUCGACUUGAACCAGAUCAAGUCCACCGACGGAGAUGUUCAUGUGGUUCAUGAUGAUACAAAUCCAACAAGGCUAACACCAUUUAAGGUGCUCAAUGCCAAUGGUGGUAUCCCCAAAAUUGUGGCCUUCGACCCGAAGUUGUUCACCUUUGCCACUGCUGACAAUACGGUGGCUCUUUGGCAACCGCAGGAUCGCUUGUAG